GCUGCCCUCGCCGGUCCUCUCCGCCAGAGGGACCCUUGAGGGCCGCCGCGGUGCCGCUCGCCGCUGCCCUCCUCGGCGGGAUCAUGCAGCGGCUGCCGCUCGGGGAAGGAGAAGAGGACGAGGAGGAGGAGGAGGAGGAAAGAGCCGCCGCCCGUGUCCGGCACUGGGAGUGGGCGCGGCGGGGCCAGCGGUGUCCCUAUUUCAAUCGAGAGCCCUGCUGGUAUUGUGUGAUUAACUACUCCGGGUACGAGACCUGGGAAGACAGCAGUGAGGAAGCAGAAGAGAGCAGUGACGAUGACGACAUUCUGCAUAAUCAUUACACCACGUUCUGUGGUUUUCGGAGGGCCUUUCUUUGCCCCCCUUCUGCCUCUCUCCCUCCCCGAAGCAGCAAUCUGGACCUUGCUGUUUUGGGCUUGGCUUUGCCCCAGAAACAGCAACUUACAGCUGAGGAGGCUGAGCGGAAUGCGGAAUUGUUAGUCGCUGAGGAAGAACGCCUCAAGAAGAAGGCGGAGAAGAAAAGGAUGAAGAAGAAGAGGCAGAAGGACCGGAAGAGGCAGGAGAGGCGGGACCUGGAGCUGAAGGCAAAGAGUGAGGCAAACAAAUCUUCAGCUGGACAAAAUGAGGGAACUUUGGCCUUGGAUGGUGGCCCCCCUGACUCAGAGGGGAGUUUCAGUGAAGCCUCCCCAGGCAGGAGCCCCAGCAGGCAUUUGAUGGAGGAGGAGGAGGAGGAGGAGGAGGAGCUGGAUUUCUCCAGCACUUUUGUCUCCAAAGCUCGCCGCAAGGUAGACGCCCAGUCCCUGCUCCCAAGGAAGGAGAGAGGAGGGAAAAAGCCCCGGGAGAGGAAGGCAGACACGAAGCAAAAGGCAGAGAAGCCUGAGCUCCAGUUGACCUCUGUGGAGCAGAGCAUGGUGCUGGCAGAUUGUGGAAAUGAAACUGCAAAGCAGGAGCGCUAUCACGAGGCCGUUCUCCUCUUUACCGAAGCUAUUAAGCUGAACCCCCAGGAGUACAGGUUCUUUGGGAACCGCUCCUUCUGCUACGAGAAGCUGCAGAGCCACACGGAGGCCCUGCGGGAUGCGCAGCACGCACUCAGCCUGCAGCCGGGCUGGCCCAGGGGCCUCUUUCGCCAGGGCAAGGCUCUCUUGGGCCUCAAGCGAUAUGCGGACGCGGCAAGGAUGUUCCAGCAACUCCUCCAGUUCGACGGCUUCCGUGGCGAUGCAGCCCUCCAGCUUCAGAAGUGCCGGAUCCAGCAUUUACUGGAGAGCCGGCUGGGCUGCCCCCACCGUGACCGGGACGUCCUGCCUGCGGAAGCGCAGCUGUUUCUGUCUGGUCAAGGAAAGCAGCCAGCAGGGCAGCGGUGCCCAGACAGCAGUGCCCAGGCCAUCGCCACCAUCCGGCUGGCCCCUCCAGCUGCAAAGGCCCCAGUCAGGGAGUGGUUCGCCGUCUGGGUGGGAAACCUGGCACCCAAGAUCACCCAGCAAGUUCUGCUUCGCUAUUUUCAGCCGUUUGGACCCAUCCACUCCAUCCGGUGCCUCCCUCACAAGUCCUGCGCCUUCGUCAACUAUAGCCGUAAAGAGGCUGCCGAAGCCGCCUACGCAGCCCUGCAGGGGACAGAAGUGGAAGGACGCAAGCUCCUUCUGCAGCUGAAGCACCCGGCACACGCCACCGCGGCCCCCUCCAAGGCAGCCCCCCGCCACUGCUUCUCCUGGGCGUGAGGGCCGGGCUGGGCUGAGGGCGGACACGGAGGCUCGCCAGGGAGGGUCUUGGCCCGGCGGGAGGGCCCGCCAUGCUUGCGAGCCAGCUGCUGCAGAGAGGAAGGCUCUUGGAGCCCCAGAGGGAACGGGGGGGGGCAUGGCUGCCCCUUCUUUCUCUGAAGCCCGCCCGGCCCGGUCUGCUUUCGGGGCUGUUCCUGAAUUGGCCCCUUCCCGGAAGGAGGAGCUGGCAGUCCCUGGAGAUGCUGUAGGGGAGACGGAGGUUCAGCUCUACACCCGAUUUGUGGGGUCGACCUCCCCUCCACCGUCUGAGCAGGAUCUGGGGACACCACAAAAGGGGAGAAGGAGCGAUUUCACACACACACACACACACACACACAUCCCAUCAAGCAAUGCCUGUCUUGGGUGCUGUGUUUGGGGGAGGGCUUCCCUCCCGCUGCCCCACAAUCCUUGUGUUCUGGGGGCUUCUUCCUCCCAUGCGUCUCUGAGAGGACUUUUCUUGGGCCUUUGUUGAGGGGCUCCUUCGCCUGCCCACCCGGCCCCUCCCCUCGGCCUGCUCAGGGACUGACGCUGGUUGCCUUAUUUUUGUAUGGUUCACAAUAAACCUAUGAAAAACCA